GCAUUGUAAAUGAAUAUUUUAUAGAAGACAAAAUCUUAGAGAUUUUGUAUAGGUCAUAUAAAGUUUUUCAAUCAGUCUAUCAAGACACAUUAUUUAAUUCUAUAUCAUCACAAAACUCAAAAAUAAAUUGAAAACCCAAUUCUUAAUGAAUACUAGUAUAUGCUAUAUAUAUGUGUGUACUCCGCAUUUAACCCAGAGAAUCACGACGGUUUCUAGCUAUAUGAUCAAUACACUCUUUCAGCUGCAGCAUAUCUCUCACAAAUUAGACCUACUACUGAAAGGCAAAAUAUGAACAUCCCUCUUCUUCUUCUUCUUCUUCUUGCAACAACAAUUGUUGUUUCCUUUUGUGUUAAAAGUGAAGUUAUUCUUGUGUGUGUAUGCGGUGUGGGGUCGUCGUAUUUGUUGAGGGCGGUGUGGGCGAAUCCAUGGCGAAUCCGGUGGAAGCUUCAAGCGCAAGGCAUAAAUGGGCCUAAGCCUUCUCUCUUGUAUGGAAAUUUUUGGGAGAUGAAGAAGAUCCAAGCUUCCGCUGCCUUGAAAAACACUGCAAAACAUGACGAUGACUUUGUUGCUCACGAUUACACUGCAACCCUCUUUCCCUACUUUGAAGAAUGGAGGAAACAAUACGGUCCGAUUUACACGUACUCGACUGGAAACAAGCAACAUUUGUACAUUAACGAUCCGGAACUAGUGAAAGAAAUGAAUCAGUGUAUUUCUUCCGAGUUAGGGAAGCCUUCUUAUAUCACAAAAAGGCUUGCACCCAUGCUUGGCAAUGGCAUUUUGCGCUCUAACGGCCACUUGUGGGCGCAACAGAGGAAAAUCGUUGCGCCCGAAUUCUUUAUGGAUAAGGUGAAGGGAAUGGUGGGCUUGAUGCUGGAAUCCGCGGAGUCGCUCACUACAAAAUGGGCUAAUAUUGAUGUGGUUGAGGUUAGAGCAGAAGAGGAUUUGAGGAGUGUUUCCGCAGACGUCAUCUCCAAAGCCUGUUUCGGCAGCUCAUAUUUGAAAGGGAAGCAGAUUUUCUCCAAGCUUAGAACCCUUCAAAAGGCCAUUUCUAACCAAAGUUUCCUCUUCGGUUCUCAUGCAUUCGGAUUGGCAUCAACGGUCCAGAAGAGCAAAAUCGAUGUGUUGGAGAAGGAGAUCGACACGCUGAUAUGGGAGGCCGUGGAGGAGCGCGAGAGAGAUUGGCACGAGGGCGAGAACAAGGAUCUCCUGCAGCUCAUACUUGAAGGAGCCGCCAACAACGACGUGGACAAAGAUUCCUCCAGGAGAUUCAUCGUGGACAACUGCAAAAACAUCUACUUCGCCGGCCACGAGUCCACCGCCGUGGCCGCCUCAUGGUGCCUCAUGCUGCUGGCCCUGCACCCUCCGUGGCAAGCCCGGAUCCGCGCCGAGAUGGCCGAGGUGGGCGCCCUCAGUGCCGACUCGCUGCCCAAGUUGAAAACGGUGACCAUGGUGAUCCAGGAGGUGCUGAGGCUCUACCCGCCGGCGGCCUUCGUGUCGAGGGAGGCGCUGCACGACGCGCGGAUCGGCCACAUUCUGGUCCCGAGAGGCGUGUGCCUCUGGACUCUCAUCCCCACCCUGCACAGGGAUGCUGAUAUAUGGGGUCCCGACGCCAAUGACUUCAACCCCGACCGCUUCGCCAAUGGGAUCUCCAAAGCCUGCAAGCUGCCGCAAGUCUACAUCCCCUUCGGCCUCGGCCCCAGGCUUUGUCUGGGCCGGAAUUUCGCGCUUACGCAGCUCAAGAUUCUGGUAGCCGUUAUAGUCUCCAACUUCACGCUCGCUCUCUCCCCCAAUUACAGGCAUUCUCCUGCUUAUACAAUGAUCGUCGAGCCCGGUCAAGGCGUGCAUCUACUCAUUCAAAGAUAUGCUACCUGAAUUAUUAAUUGCCUCCUUUCACAUGCAUUUUUCUUCGACUUUUAAUUAAUGUUCUUUCCAUCCAUCAUCUACGGACUUGGAUAUGCAUUUUAAGAUUUUGAUUUCUAAAA